CCCUUUUUUUUUGUUAACCACAUCAUCAUCAUCAAUACAAAGUUUGACUAUAAAUAAACACAUUACUAUUUCUCCUCUCUUGCCAGGCGGCGUUGCCUUACAAAAACCUGACAAGAGCAAACUCAGUUUUUUUUUUUUUUCUUCUGAUACUACAUUUACGAUUAUACCCUCCUAACUGAAAACGGCAAAUUACGUUGCUUCUUAUUUGUAUUCUUCCUUACCUUAUUCUGUUUCUUUCUUGUGGCUUUAAUUUUAAUUCGGAAAGAGAAAAAGACUCUUCCAGUCCACAUAACAGUCGCCGGUAACAGAGAAAAAAACUCCGAUGAUCGAGACGGGAAGAUACCUUCUCGGCGCCGCCGGUGCUAGCGGCUUCGGUUCUAAAUCCACCGCCGAGGAGGUUACCGAGAACUGUGACCUUCGUUCCAUCACAGCCAUAAUCACCGGUGCGACGUCAGGGAUCGGAGCGGAGACGGCGAGAGUCUUGGCGAGACGAGGAGCGAGGUUGAUAUUUCCGGCAAGGAACGUGAAAGCGGCGGAAGAAGCGAAAGAAAAGAUCGUCUCUGAGUUCCCCGAGACGGAGAUCGUCGUUAUGAAGCUUGAUCUUAGUUCUAUCGCCUCCGUACGAAGCUUCGUCUCCGGUUUCGAGUCUCUUGAUCUACCUCUUAAUCUUCUCAUAAACAACGCAGGCAAGUUAGCACAUGAACAUGCAAUAUCCGAAGACGGGAUCGAGAUGACAUUUGCCACUAAUUAUCUAGGCCAUUUUCUUUUGACCAAUCUUUUGCUAAAGAAGAUGAUACAAACGGUGGAGGAAACAGGAGUUCAAGGACGUAUCGUUAACGUUACGUCGGGUAUUCACGGCUGGAUUACCGGCGACUUGAUCGAAUAUCUCCGGCUCAUUUCACAACCCAAGUGUCAAUUCGAUGCGACACGUGCGUAUGCUCUCUCGAAGCUUGCCAACGUUUUGCAUACCAAGGAGCUCUCUUCUAGACUCCAGAAAAUUGAAGCGAACGUGACUGUAAACUGCGUACACCCAGGAGUUGUUAGAACCCGGUUAACAAGAGACCGAGAAGGCUUAUUGACAGAUCUCGUCUUCUUCCUGGCUUCCAAGCUCGUCAAGACCGUCCCUCAAGCAGCUGCAACGACGUGUUACGUGGCAACAAAUCCAAGACUGGUGAACGUAUCGGGAAAGUACUUUACGGACUGUAAUGAAACAACGCCGUCUGGACUCGGCUCCGACUCCUCCGAAGCUACCAAGUUAUGGGCUGCUUCUGAGAUUCUGGUAACUCAACCUUCCAAGGCCGGCUUCGACCCAUGUAGCUAAUAGAAAAAAAUAAAUAAAGUAGUAGUAAUUAUCUUAUCAUAUACCCUUAGGAAAACAAAUGAUACUAAAUCUUAUUAGAUGAGAAAAAUAUCAUAAAGCUUAGUUAAUAUAUAUACAAUUAGUAUUCUAUUUCUAUAGUGCAAAUGCGAAGCUGAUGUACGUUGUAGUCUUUUGUUUAUACUUAAGUUAUAUUAUAUAUAUGAGAAACAAUUAAUCUA